GCGGCGUUCGUUCAGUGAAGUGAGUUGUACGGUGGCGUGUAGACGCGCGCAAGUGCGCGGCUAAACAGAGAUUUGCGAACUUUGUCAUGUGAAGCUAAGUUGAAUAAUACUAACAAAAACAUGAAGUUAUGUGAUACUAAUACAACCAGUUCUAAUACAUUGUGUUCUAAAAGUGUUUAAACAAUACAUUUUAAUAACAAGUGGUGAGUUUUCAAAAAGUUCUUUUAUUUUCUUGUGUCGUGUUUUUCAGGUUUCAAAAAGAGAUGGAUAAACCGAGAGACUAAAGCAUAUUGAUGCUGCAGAAACCUGGGACCUGUGUAUUACCCUCUCACAUCAUGAGUUCUCUCAGUGAGGUCGCAAAUGUGACGGACAACUCCUCGGCUCCGGUCGACCCCACACUCAUCUUCGGCCCACAAAGAGACCCCCUGUUCAUAGUACUGCCUAUAACAAUAAUAUAUUCACUUAUAUUUGUAACCGGGCUACUGGGCAAUAUAUUUACAUGCAUAGUGAUAGUAAGGAACAAAAGUAUGCACACAGCUACAAACUACUAUUUAUUUAGUCUAGCUAUCUCAGAUCUUCUUUUACUUAUAAGUGGAAUGCCACAGGAGAUGUAUUCAAUAUGGUCGAAGUGGCCGUAUGUGUUUGGACACAGUUUUUGUGUGAUAAGAGGUCUAGCGGCCGAGGCUUCGACGAACGCCAGCGUUUUGACAAUAACUUUGUUUACUGUGGAGAGGUACCUCGCGAUCUGUCAUCCAUUUGUCUCACACAAGAUGUCGAAGUUGUCGCGAGCUACGAAACACGUGAUGUGUCUGUGGGUGGCGGCGGUGAUGCUGGCGUUACCUCAGGCAUUACAAUUCGGGAUCCGGGAGCACAGAGGAGUAGCCAUGUGCCUGCAAACAAGAGUCAUCAUAGAACACUCGUUCGAAAUAUCAACGUUUUUCUUCUUUUUAGCACCAAUGGUGCUGAUCACGGUGCUGUAUUCACUAAUAGGGCUGAAACUGAGAGAAACAAGUAUAAGCAAAGAGCAGUCACAGAAAGACUUCGAAUCAACAAUGAGAUACACACAUAAAAUAAGUCGGAAACACAGCCAGUCCACAAGGAGAGUUGUGAAGAUGUUAGUGGCGGUGGUGGUGGCGUUUUUCAUUUGUUGGGCGCCCUUUCACGCUCAGCGGCUCGUCGCGAUAUAUGGGACCACUGAGAACCACUUGGCACGGUCACCGAUACUCCUCUCUGUGUACUCUUUCCUCACCUACAGUUCUGGUGUUUUCUACUACAUGUCUACGUGCAUCAACCCCAUAUUUUACCACAUAAUGUCCAAUAAAUUUAGAGACGCUUUCAAGAACUCCGUGAUGCUCUGGUGCUGCCGGUCGAGCGAGAGGGCGGCAGCGAAGCGUUGUUCAUACACAGCCAUCGCCUUCCAACGGAAUCCCACGUCCAGCGGUACUGUGCAUUCAGGUAAUUCACUGAAGAACUCGUUGCGACAGGAGCCAAGUAUCCGCAACAAGUUGAGGCAAGACAGCAGAGACCGGUUCCUGCCGACAGUGCACGUCUGCCACAACGGCAGGACCAUCGUAACACCCCCACUCCACGAUUACAGGACCUGCAAGAACCACUCCUACCAACAGGCCCUGAAAGACGAGAUUAUUAACAAUAGAAACUCAUACCUCGACACAGCUCUGCGAUUAGCAGACGAAAGGCGAAGACCAUGCUCCCCAGUCUGCUUCACCUACCCUUCAUCCCCAGUCGAAACUAUCACAGUCACCCCUGACGGCAUAGUACCAAUAGAAAGUGCAGAUUACUCAGCAGAUGAGCCUGAAAAGUACCUUAAGGAAAUUAAACUGAGAAUAAUACAACGUGAAAAAGAAUAUGGAUAAAAUUACUUCUAAAAUGUGAAACCUAAAUAAUGGACAUGAAGUGAACAAUUUUGUCAAUUUUUUGACGUCGACAUCGACCUACUAUGUAAAUAAUAGACGUUCAAGAUAUCGAUGCAAACAAUAACUUGUUUUAGUGUAGUUUUAAUAUUUGUCGAAUUGUUAUAUACAUUUUUGAAAACUGAAUUGUACGUGCCUAAGUAAGUGAAAUUAAUUCAGGAAAUGUGCUCAUAAAAAACCAGUUCCAUUUACAAAGCGAGUUAAUUAUUUAUUUUAGUAUUUUUUUAGUUACUUGAAUAAAUUUGUUAAUUCUAAUUGGUUCAUUUAGAUGGUUAUCUAACUUCAAGAAAUGUUAAAAACUUUAUUUCAUUCGUGGUAAACGAUCUGGGUCAUUUUACUGCUAAAAGUAAAAAUGUUUAACAAAAUGUAUUUUUCUAUCAAUUACCAUGACUUUACGAAGGUAGAUAAAACAAAACACUAUAUUUUGCAAAUUGUUGAGAAAAGUUUCAAUAUAACAUUUUUGUUAAUAUAUUAAUUAAUAGUUUCUGAACAAAACGCUUCAAUAAGAAUGUUUUUAUUGCCACCUUCAGUUAUAUUGAUAAUAUUAUUCUUUGUGAUACAUUAAAUCAUGGAAAAGACUACAUACAUUUGUUUUAAGUUGUACUUUUGCUAAUUUUGUUAAAGUAAGCUAACCAUUUUGAUUGUUAUCAAAAUUCGAAAAUCUCAUUUUAAGUAUGUCCAUAAAUAUUAGAUUUUACGAAAGUAUUAAUGUCGUGAGUCCAAAGUUGUACUUAAUCCUAAGCUGAAACCUUUUUUCAGAAAGCCUUUGUCAUUUUAGGCUUCUUUUGUGAAUGAAAAUUAGAAUAGCAAUUACUGUGAAACCAGACUAACACAGUUAUAUUUUUCUUAUUUGUGAUUAUAGUUACUCGUGGGCAAACUUAGACUAAAUUAAUCUUAUCUAUUUUGUAUACUAUAGACGUUUGAAUCAUUAUUAGUUUCUCAAAACUUCUUCGGGGUUCUGAAGUUAAAAUGUUGUUUGACGACGGCUUAAACCGCGAAUGAAGUUACUUAACAAUUGUUUCACGUCAGAUGAUAACGUUUUAUUCGUGAGUUUCGUUUACUCAAGAAAAGGCCAGAAGAAGGAAUUAUAAUAGUUUUCUUUACGUUAAACGAAAACGAAACGACAGCGCGUUCGGCACUCUGAUUGGUUGUCAUUAGCGCCGUCCAAUCAGAACGUCGAAAGCACUCUCGUUUCGUUUUCGUUCAACGACAGAUUUGUUAGCAUGAUACUUGGCGGGCAAUUUGUUCGCAACGGCACUCGUAGUGAGAUAAAAAGCACUUUGUUCCAUUAUAAGAGCUGUCUCCUCAUUUGGUUCUUUUCUUUUAUAAAGCCUGUAAAGAAACCAACACAACAAAGUAAUCUGAAAAUAAUGAAUUCUACAAAAUACACUUAAGGUUCACAGCUAUUCUAGUUUUCAUUUAGUCAUUUUUAAAAUAUGAAUGUAUUUUUAUGUAAUUUUAAUCUUUUUGGGAUAGGACUUUAAUGUAAGUCCGUAUUGUGAGACUGAGAUUAAAAACUAACGCAUGUUACAACAAAAUGCGAAGGAGAUAGUUAUAGGUAUUUACUUAAAGCUUUUUCUCAUUAUAUUUUAGUGUUUUUUAUUUUUAUUAUAUAGGUAUAAUUGUACUUUUUACCUCUGUACCCUUAGUACGAGUUUGUUUUACGUUAAACGAAAACCAAACGAGACCGCGUUCGGCGCUCUGAUUGGCCGGUGCGAAUGAACCAACCAAUUAGAGCGCCGAACUCGGUCUCGUUUCGAUUUCAAUAAUCGUAAAACAAACUCGUACUAAGUCCUCUGUAAAUACCUCAACAACGAUACAAAUGUAAAUAAAAUAUGUUCUAAGUUAUGUAUACUCGUACGUAAAUCCAUCCAAUCCAGUUUCUGAUGUAUAAAUGUUCUGUUCGUACGAAAUAUUUUUGUGGAAAGGACCGCAAAUAUACUGAAUGAAUGGUUAUAUCAAAAACCCCGGGCGCUUUAGAACAGGGGAGAGUAUGAAGUAAAUCUUUUUAAGUUUACUUUAAAAGUUACUUAAAAAGAUUAAGUUUCCUUUAAAAGAUUCGUUUCGUUUCAUUUCUUUUGUCGGUAUGUUCACUACAUACCGACAGAAUUAGUUCAGGUUUUAUUAUGACUGGACAUGUUUAGUGAUUCCAAUCUAGUAGAGUUCUUUGAUAUCGCUAGGUCAUGAUAAGGGUCUUUGAAGUUGGUCAAAUAAACAUUGAAUAAUACAUUUAUUCACUCAUCUGUUAGAUACAAAGCAUUUUAUGACAAAAAAAUUUGUUUUGCUACAAAAACACCAAACUCGCAAUAAGUAUGAAUACAAUACAUUUCAUAAUAUAACGAUGAACAGAAUAUUUAAAUUUAAUACGGUUUUGUAACAUUAUUUUGUUUUUAUGGAAACCACGCCGCCUAUGUAUUAAAAGUACUAUUUUAAUACUUAGGCAUAUUUGUUAAUAGUGUACGCUGCACAAAGAAAAUAGAAUAAAACUAAAUAUUACGUGAUUUAAACAAUAAUAAAAAUGGGUAAACAUUGUUUAUUGUU